AUGCCAUCGUUAAACAAUGGCUCGAUAAUUGGAAGCAUAUUUGGAAAAGGUACUGUGUACGAAAGUCUAGAUAACUCCGAAGACGACAACUUAUACAAUCUACAACUACAUAUUGAUGACAACCAGACGACAACGCCGCUGGGCGGUGGUGUUGGAAUUGAUCCCAGGGCGCAAGAUCCAAGACAUGACUCUGAAUACAACACUUCUGGCAAUGGUGGUUUAGCAAUUGGAUCUGUUACUGAAACAGGACGAAGUGGCAGACGCGAUUCGGCGAGAAAUCAACCACUCAUGAACUCAGAUGACAGUGACGAAAGUGACGACGAUGAUGGUCCAUCUGAUGAUAUCCUAACUGAACGACGAAAUAUUUAUGAAUCGGCGAUUUCUUCGCCACCCCAUGUGAAUCAUGGUACAAGAUUGCACCCGAACUAUCACCACACAGAUAAUGUGUCAGAUGAAGUUCAAGAAGAUGGUGAUAACGAGAUUCCCCAGUCGCUCAUGGUUGAACCGACUGCCAAGACUACAGUUUCCUCAGGAGCUACUCUUGGAAGUACUGCUAACCAUGGUACGGUAGUGAAAGGAGGACAUGGUGGUAGCGACAUCAGCGCCAUAAACAGCAACACCACUCUACAUCAGAUGUCAUCACCAAAACAAGCACGUCGCAUCUUCUCUGCCAAUGAUCUCGGGGACCAACCUUCCGCUCGAUUUGGAUCGCCAAACCAUACACACAGAAGGAGUCCACUUGCAAUGGCUAGUGGUCACGGUCCUCCCAGUUCCGUGCUCCCGCUAUACAAAACUGAUCUAAAAGGCAAUAACUUAUCGGCAUCGAGCUGGUCCGCAGCAAAGUCCACACACAAUCUCAUGAUAGAUCCUAAAGAAAGGGCUAAAUGGAAAUGGGCCAACGUCGAAAAUCUCGAUAUAUUCCUUCAAGAAGUAAGUACCGGAUCGCCCUAA